AUGAAUAUCAAGGCAGAAGACCUCCACCAAUACGGAUUCAACAACAAGCUUCGAAAGCGGUUCGAGCGAGUCCGGAACAACAAGGACGACCGAUAUUGGCUUGCUCAUACCGAGCUUACCGAGAUUGAAACAUACGUUGCCAUCAAGCCAUUUUUGAAGAACUCUGAGUAUCUGGUGGAAGAUGAAAACUCCUGGGUCAAUAAAAAUGAGCUAUUCUACGACCCCCGGUUCACUUUAUCCAUAUACUUGAAUGCCAUUAAGCACAAAUACACCCAGGCUUCUAUAGCCCAAGGUGGUAGUCUUAAGGAAAAACCGGACUUGAACGAGCUCACCAGAAUCGAAUUGCCGUUCAACUGGGUGGACUGGUUGGACUUGACGCUGUUGAACGAAGAGUUGGCAAAGCCCAUGGACCAACGAAUUGACUGCCCCUAUAUAAGAGGAGGUACCAAUAAUGACCCCGAUCCGGAGUAUUUCUGUUGGGAUAACAUUCGUUAUAGCGAUGACAUGGUGAGAGAUUUAGGGUUCAGAAACAGAAACCAACUUCCUAGAUUCAUCAUCCAUGGUCACUCGACACACGAUGACAGGCCUUUCAAUGACUUCAGAGUCAUGGAAGCCAAGUGCUAUGCGUUGUCCCAACAUCUACCAAAACCCGUCAAGGUGGUCAUCUUGAAUGGAGAAGGUGGAACUUAUGAAUUUGAUGUGAAGCAAAACACCAACGAGAAAAUGAUCACUUCCGAUUUGAUUGACUAUUUUAUUGAUACAAACAUGUAUGAUCGGAAGGAUUUGAAACCGGACUCGUUGGUCACAAUCAAUCAUAUCAAGGAAUUCGACGACUUGAAGGCCAAGGUUAUCCCCAGAACCUUGUCAGAGUCGGAGGACUUGGUGGGAAUGUACAACAUCUUGAGAAAGACCCUGAACCCCAGUGCAAGCCGUGAGCUCAAGUUGACGGAGGAAAUGUUUCAUUAUAACAAGGAUUCGAUGAACAAGCAAAUUGAGGAACUCGAAGCAAAAGGUGCCUCGCAGUUGACCAUCAAUGAGGAAAUGUACUUGCAGAGCAUCAAGUAUUGUGCCGAAUUCCCCAAUUCUGAUGACGAGGAAACCUAUUUCAAAAUGGCCACCAUCAGAAUCGACGACGACAGAAACAGAGAUAAAGAAUGGGGAUGGCAUUACGACUGGAGGUUUUUCAACGGCGCCUUGAAUUACGAUAGAAUCGGAUGGAAUGAGCAGGAAAUGAACUACAGGUCAAAUAUCAUUUUGGACAGACUCUUAAGAAACUGGAAUCGAUUCGCUGAAGAAAAGGGGCUCAUCAGCUGGAUCAUGCACGGUCCAUUAUUAUCCUGGUUCUGGGAUGGGUUAAUGUUCCCGUUUGAUUUGGAUAUCGACAUCCAAAUGCCUAUGAGCGAGCUCGUCAGACUUGCCAGAGAUUUCAACCAAACGUUAAUUGUCGAAGACCCAGCCGAGGGGUACGGGAAAUACUUUAUCGAUGUGGGAAGCUUCAUCCACAACAGAGACAUUAGUUCCAAGUCCAACCAUAUCGAUGCCAGAGUCGUGGAUGUGGAUUCUGGUAUCUACAUCGAUGUAACGGCUCUAGCCAAGUCAAAAGCAAAUGCUCCUGAAGAGUACGACAGCAACGUCUUGGUAGAUAUUGCCAAGCCGCAAGAUGACGAUCAAGUGGAAAUCUAUAAUGACAGAAGGAAGCAUUUCUACAAGUUAGAUCAGCUAUCUCCAUUAAGAUAUACCAUGAUGGGAGGAGUGCCAGUAUUUAUUCCUUCCACCAUCACCAAUCGGUUGGUGUUUGAGUAUUCCGAGGGAUUGACCAACUUGGAAUUCCACGACUGGUACUUUGUGCAUGGUCUUAACUUGUGGUUAAAGAAUGAUAUAGUGGGUCUGAUAUUCGCAGACGAAGAGGUGAAAAAUCCCGAAGGUGAGUACGACAGGGAAAAAAUGUUAAGGAGAAUAGCCAAAAUGGACGACAGCGAUAUCUUCAACUUACUAGAUACCUACGAUGAGGUUCUCAUGGAGUACUACUUGACCAAAGAUUUGACCGACUAUCACGACAUGGAGAAACAAUACUUAUUUGAUAGCUAUGGCCGAGACAACAAGAAGUUGGACCUCGACCCACACAUGAAAGACGAAUACAAUCAGUUUGUGUCAACCUUUAAGAUGUCCAAGCCAUUAAGAAAGUCCUUGUGGGAUUACGAGAACAUAGAACGUAUCAAACACCAUAACUCUUGA